AGGAGGAUAUCCCUAGUGAUCUUGGAAGAACCUGUAUCAUGGAAUCGAUCUCUGUAAUGGGAAGCCCUAAGAGCCUUAGUGAAACUUUUUUGCCUAAUGGUAUAAAUGGCAUCAAAGAUGCAAGGAAGGUCACUGUAGGUGUCAUUGGAAGUGGGGAUUUUGCCAAAUCCCUGACCAUUCGACUUAUUAGAUGUGGCUAUCAUGUGGUGAUAGGAAGUAGAAAUCCUAAAUUUGCUUCGGAAUUUUUUCCUCAUGUGGUAGAUGUCACUCACCAUGAAGAUGUGUUAACCAAAACAAAUAUAAUAUUUGUUGCUAUACAUAGAGAACAUUACACCUCCCUGUGGGACCUGAGACAUCUGCUUGUGGGUAAAAUCCUGAUUGAUGUGAGCAAUAACAUGAAGAUAAACCAAUACCCAGAAUCCAAUGCUGAAUAUUUGGCUUCCUUAUUCCCGGAUUCACUAAUUGUCAAAGGAUUUAAUGUUAUCUCAGCUUGGGCACUUCAGCUAGGACCUAAGGAUGCCAGCCGGCAGGUUUAUAUUUGCAGCAACAAUAUUCAAGCUCGACAACAGGUCAUCGAACUUGCCCGGCAGUUGAAUUUUAUUCCCGUUGACUUGGGAUCAUUAUCAUCCGCCAGGGAGAUUGAAAAUUUACCCCUGCGACUAUUUACUCUCUGGAGAGGGCCAGUGGUGGUAGCCAUAAGCCUGGCCACGUUUUUCUUUCUUUAUUCCUUUGUCAGAGAUGUGAUACAUCCAUAUGCUAGAAACCAGCAAAGUGACUUUUACAAGAUUCCUAUUGAGAUUGUGAAUAAAACCUUGCCCGUAGUUGCCAUUACUUUGCUGUCUCUGGUAUACUUAGCAGGCCUCCUGGCAGCUGCUUAUCAACUUUAUUAUGGCACCAAGUAUAGGAGAUUUCCACCUUGGUUGGAGACCUGGUUACAGUGUAGAAAACAGCUUGGAUUACUCAGUUUUUUCUUCGCUUCAGUUCAUGUUGCCUACAGCCUCUGCUUACCAAUGAGACGGUCAGAGAGAUACUUGUUUCUCAACAUGGCUUAUCAGCAGGUUCAUGCAAACAUUGAAAACUCUUGGAAUGAGGAAGAAGUUUGGAGAAUUGAAAUGUAUAUCUCCUUUGGCAUAAUGAGCCUGGGCUUACUGUCCCUCCUGGCAGUCACCUCCAUCCCUUCAGUGAGCAGUGCUUUAAACUGGAGGGAAUUCAGUUUUAUCCAGUCUACACUUGGCUAUGUCGCUCUGCUCAUAAGUACUUUCCAUGUUUUAAUUUAUGGAUGGAAACGAGCUUUUGAAGAAGAGUACUACAGGUUUUAUACACCACCAAACUUCGUUCUUGCUCUUGUUUUGCCCUCAAUUGUAAUUCUGGCCAUGCCUGCAGUCCUCCUGCCCACACCCCUCCCCAUCACUGCCUCUGCCUCUCGCCUUGCCUCUUGCCUAGUGGCUUGGAGCUGCCCUGUGGCACCAGAGCAGUCACUGGCUGCUUCACCACCACCGCCGCACCACUAUACUGAGGAGAUGCCAACGUUGGUGCCUGUGGACAGUGUCUGUGGAGACUCAGGCUUCCCCUGA